UAACACUCCUAGAACUAACAUCGUACGACAGACUUAAUCUAUGAAAUGCACUUCUGAAAUUAACACGUAGAGCCUAAGUCCUAUAUUAACGCCAAGUGCAUACUAAGACUCAAGCGCGAUGGUCUACUCAGCGGGGAAGUAUACGUACGUCUCUCCCCUCGAGGGGUACGAGAAUGCCCCGCCGCUGCCGGACGAGAAGAACGAGGACGGCAAAAGCUACAAGAAUCCAACGAGUGAUACCCUCAGCAAGGCCUAUCUCGAGUUCCCCGACCCGCUGGAUAACGGUCGUCGCGGUGGUUUUGAUAUACAUAUCUACUAUUUUCAAAACAACGAAAGCCAGACGCAGCAUGCAAAGGAUCUUUGGGAGCGAAUCCGACGAGAGUUUCCUGAGCUAAGGAUAUACCGCCUCUGGGAUAAACCGAUAGGCCCUCACCCAGUGGCAAUGUUUGAAGUUAAUCUCUUCUCACCAGCCCAGUUCGGCGCCUUCAUCCCCUGGCUUGCUAUCUAUAGGGGUCCAUUAUCAGUGUUGAUCCAUCCCAACACGGUCGAGAACGAAGAAGGGGUUGAGCGCCGAAAUCAUUCACAGAGGGCUAUUUGGAUGGGAGAAAGGCUACCUCUAGAUUUGGAUGGAUUCUAAACUAGCUGUUAAGAAGCUCGUACCCCGUGGAGUGUUGGAUGAGUAGAUCUAUGAAUUGAAUUAGUCUAUUCCAUUUCUUAACGCUGAGAGUAUCUCAUAUCGGGGAUGGUAUAAAAAGACUCAUCUCUAGUUUGGAGCUAAUAUAACGAAUCCCGCUCGCAAUAAACCAAUGCGAAGAUAAAACAGACUUAUAUGCCCAAUAGUCUUCUGUAGAUAUCACCAAAUUGUUUAUUUUCUAUCAAUCCGAACCUCUAUUCGAAUGUGCUCGGAUAUUCCAGAAACGUUGGUGUCUCCUACUAUCAUAUAUUCCACAAAAACGAGCUUGUAUGAGAAUUCCAUCUUUUCUAUGGCAUAAUCUGAUAGUUUAAAACAUCUGAC